ACAAAAUCUCUGCUCAUGACUCGUUGACUCCCCCGUUUCUCUCUUCCUUUUCAAAAAUCAUUCCGCCUGCUCACUUCAGAGAGGCGAAGCCGACUAAAAUCCCCCAAAACGCUGGCAAGCUCUCCAUCAAAACCCUAACUCUCUAACUCCUACUCUCUCAACAAAAAAUAAAAUAAAAAAUAAAAAAAUGCCGCGCGAGAUCAUAACGAUCCAAGUGGGGCAAUGCGGGAAUCAGAUCGGCAUGGAGUUCUGGAAGCAGCUCUGCCUCGAGCACGGCAUCGGCAAAGAUGGACUUCUCGAGGAUUUCGCUACUCAGGGAGGAGAUAGGAAGGAUGUUUUCUUCUAUCAGGCAGAUGAUCAGCACUACAUACCACGAGCUCUCUUGAUGGACCUUGAACCUAGAGUUAUCAACGGAAUUCAAAACAGUGACUACAGGAACCUCUACAACCAUGAGAACAUAUUCGUCUCAGAACAUGGAGGGGGUGCAGGAAAUAAUUGGGCUAGUGGAUAUCACCAGGGAGAGCAAGUCGUGGACGAUAUCAUGGACAUGGUUGAUAGAGAGGCAGAUGGAAGUGAUAGCCUUGAGGGUUUUGUCUUAUGUCAUUCAAUUGCUGGAGGAACAGGAUCAGGAAUGGGAUCUUAUAUACUGGAGACUCUUAAUGACCGUUACAGCAAAAAGCUAGUUCAGACAUAUAGUGUUUUUCCUAAUCAAAUGGAAACUAGUGAUGUGGUUGUCCAGCCUUACAAUUCACUUUUGACUCUAAAGCGCCUGACUCUGAAUGCUGAUUGUGUUGUUGUUCUUGAUAAUACGGCUUUGAAUAGGAUUGCCGUAGAACGUCUCCAUCUUUCAAAUCCUACAUUUGCACAAACAAAUUCAUUGGUCUCCACAGUUAUGUCUGCAAGUACGACCACUCUUCGAUAUCCCGGUUAUAUGAACAAUGAUUUGGUUGGACUUCUUGCUUCGCUAAUUCCUACUCCAAGAUGCCACUUUCUGAUGACGGGAUAUACACCACUAACUGUGGAACGCCAGGCCAAUGUGAUUCGGAAGACUACUGUGUUGGAUGUAAUGAGAAGACUACUGCAGACGAAAAACAUUAUGGUCUCUUCAUAUGCUCGCACAAAAGAAGCUAGUCAAGCAAAAUACAUAUCAAUAUUGAAUAUUAUUCAAGGAGAAGUGGAUCCUACACAGGUACAUGAAAGUCUGCAGAGGAUACGUGAAAGAAAGCUUGUUAAUUUUAUUGAGUGGGGACCUGCAAGCAUUCAGGUUGCAUUGUCUAGAAAAUCUCCAUAUGUUCAAACUACACACAGAGUCAGUGGCUUAAUGCUAGCAAAUCAUACGAGCAUACGCCAUCUCUUCAGCAAGUGCCUGGGCCAGUAUGAGAAGCUAAGGAAAAAACAAGCCUUCCUCGACAAUUAUCGGAAGUUUCCAAUGUUUGCUGACAAUGAUCUUUCUGAAUUUGAUGAGUCUAGAGAAAUAAUAGAAAACUUGGUUGAUGAAUACAAGGCAUGCGAGUCACCAGAUUAUAUCAAGUGGGGAAUGGAGGAUACAGAUGGAUCAUUGACAGAAGCCAGUGUUGCUGGAGCCUUGGAAUCAAAAUUAACAAUGUAGUCUAAAGGAAAAUCGUGGUAGUCUGAUGGUGAUGGGCGUCUUUCUUAACAGGAAGGCUCGGGGAUAACUGGAAGAAAAAAAAAUGGGACUCUCAGGAUUGCACUUAUCAUGUACAGAUAACAAUUACUUUUGUCAUGGCGAUGCGCAUAUGAGACUUAUGAAAGCUUUGUGGUGUUGUACGAGAAAGCUUUGUGCUUGUUCUGAAGCAGGCUUUUUUCUCCAACGUCUUUAUUGUUUGCAACUUUCGCCUUAUCAGCUCAGCAACAUCAACCUGUCAACAACAACACUGCCAUCAUGUUAGAUGGCUUAAAAUCUAAUACAUCUAAAUUCACGUGCGAACGGUUAGUUUAAGCUGUCAGUUUAAGCAUGUGAAAUGUUUUGGAUAAUUUCGGGCCUGUGCACUUAUGUAUGCUAUGUUACCUUGUUUCUCUCUUACUUUGAAGGAUACCUUGUUUCUCUCUUGUA